AUGGCUCUCACCCACAGUGCAGGUGUGAGUGAGUGGGAGCACCAUGGGAGUGGGAGCUCCAUGGGAGUGGGAGCACCAUGGGAGUGGGAGCUCCAUGGGAAUGGGAGCUCCAUGGGAGUGGGAGCUCCAUGUGGCGCUACCAUGCCAUGCAGACAGACUUCUUCAUCUGUGUUGCUGGUUUGGUUUGUGAGCGGCGUGAGUGAGAGGGACUUGAGUGAGUUCAAAAGGGGCGUGAGUGGGAGGGGCGUGAGCCUUGUGCCUGUUGCAUCGUCCUUCUUCCAGUCCCCCCCAUUUCUUCCACACAACCCCUCCCCACCCCCUCCCACCGUCUUGCCUCACAUUCAGGCUGGUGGUGGAUCUGGGCGUCACCAACCUCCUCCUCUCUCCCCUCCACUCUGCUAUGACACCCACUCUGCUGUACCCGCGUGCAGGCUGGUGGUGGAUCUGGGCAUGCUGGGCGUCAUGCUGCACCAGCAGCCCAUGAUGCCCAUCACCUUCUACUCCUCACCGCCUGGCGUCAGCAAGAGCAUGAGCCAAGAGCUCAUGGAGGAGGAGAUCACAGCCUUCACACUGGGCAUGGCACUGCACGACCCCAGCACCCCCGAGUGGUCCAUCUACAUGCCCAUGGCCAAGUCCCUCGUCCGCGCCCUCGAUGCCACCCAGCUCGCUGCCAGGGAGCUGCUGCCGCACGUGCCAGUGGAGGGCUUUGUGAGUGUCGGAGUGAGCAAGAGAGCAUGCAUGGCUUGGCUCUCUGCCGCGCUCGAUAAGCGAGUGGUGGCGUUCAUAUCGUACGGCUAUGAUCUCAUCAACUUUCAGCCCAACAUGCAGCACCUGCUCGACUCCCUGGGUGCUGUUCCCAUUCUGGGAAGGUUCUACGUGGAUUACAACCUCACUCGCUUUCUGCACACCCCACAGCUGCGUCACAUCCUGAGCUACACGGACCCCUACUUCUUUCGGGAGCGCCUCACCAUGCCCAAGCUGCUCAUCGCCGCCUCCAACGACGAGUUCUUCUUGAUGGACGACUCGUGA